AUGGAGCCAGCAGCGGGCGAGGAGGCAGAGCCUGGCCUCCAGCUGGUGCGGGCAGCCAGCGGGGACGGCAGUGCCAGGCAGAGGGGUGAGAGCGACUGUGUGAAGCCAGGGCACCCUGAGGAGCCACCUGAGCCCCGCAGAGAGCUGCCUGCCGCUGCCGGGAGCCGCGGGGACCCACCGCCAGUGGGGGAUGGAAGGGAGCCGCUCCUGCCCGGGCACGACAAGCUGCCUGCCCACGGCGCCUCCCUGCCUGCGGGGCAGGACCCUCCUGCUGCCGGCCCCAUGCUGCGCCGCGGGGAGAGCCCUGCGGUGCGGGGAGGGUCGCCCAGCCUGGGAAGCGCCUCCAGCUCCAUCCUGACCUUCUCCGACGAGGAGGAGGAGGAAAUGUCGAGCGAGGAGAUGGUGGCGGCCGCGGCGGCAGAGCCGUGCCACGUGCCGGCGGGCAGCGAGGACGAGUGCCCGGUCUGCACGGAGCCCUACGACGAGCGGCGGCACCAGGCCGCCCUGCUGAACUGCAGCCACCGGCUGUGCCGCGCCUGCCUGCGAGCCAUCAUGGAGGCGGCCGGCGACGCCGAGUUCGGCCGUGUGCGCUGCCCCCUCUGCCGCCAGAAGACCCCCAUGCUGGAGUGGGAGAUCUGCAAGCUGCAAGAGGAGCUGCUGCUGCUGCACGCCCAGCCCGGCUCCCCCGGCGCCCUGGCUGCCCCCCGGCCCCCCGCCCUGCCGCCCCGCCGCCCCGGGCUGGCCGGCGCCCUGGAGCAUCGCUUCCAGGUGCGCUUCCACACCAGCCGCAUGUUCGGCUGCCUGCCCUGCCUGCGCUACCCUCCCUGCCUCAUCCGCCGCCUGGACUGGCUGCAGAGGCGCUGCCGCUGCUGCUACCUGCUGCUGCUGGUGCUGCUGCUGCUGGCCGAGACGCUCAGCCUGCUCCUCAUCUUCAUCCCCGUUGUCCUGAUGGUGCUGAUUUUCCUCAUCCUUGACAAGUAGCCCUGGGCCGGGCUGCACACGGGGAGAGAGCCCUGCGCCUGCUUUGCCCCUGGGGCUGCUGUUGGGGCGUGAUGCCAGCCUGGGGGCAAGCUCCUGAACCAGGGGCCCAGAGUACCCCAGCGCUGCCAGGGAGCCCAGAGUGGCUGAGGCAGUGCAGGAGCCGGAGCGGGCAGCCAAGGGAGGCAGUCCUGGAGCUGGGCAUUCCCUGCCUCCUCCGGGGCACCACACCACACAUCGCUGCAGCAGCCAAGGGCAGAGGCAGUGGGACCCCUUCCUGCACUAAGGACAUGUCCCUGGCACAGGGCUAGGAGCUGGAGGGAC